AUGUCUUAUAAACAAUCUUCACUUUCUGUUACUAAAAAUAAAGACAAAUGGUCAAGUAAUUUGAAAAAAUUUCAAAACACUCUUAAGAGAAGAAACAAAAUCAGCAUUGGGAUCAAACAUUUGUAUUCACAUUCCAGAAUGCCAAAAGAGUGGAUGAUAAUUGGUCGCUACUUAGGCUUGGCCUCUACUGAAAAGUCUAGAUUAAAAAGAAUUACAACACUCAGACAAGAAAUAGAGCAAUUGUGGAGCUUGUUGAAUUUUCCAAUACUAUCUUUGCAUUCAGUAGGCAGAAAAAUUGAAACUUUACUUAAAAAGUAUGAUACUCAUUUGAAAAAACCUGUUGGUGACAUGCGUGAGCAAUUUGAUAAGUUGUUUGAUGUCACAAACAAAACUGGUCAAUGGCUAUGUGCAGAAGACAAAAAAUUUUACCAAAUUCAAAUUCAGAGUAGAGGUAAGACAGGAUAUGCAAGAACAAAAAAUGCCAGUCAGAGUACAAUUCACCCAUCAAAACGAAAAAUUGCUGGAAAAGUUAAUGAUAAACUAGAACAAAAAGACAGAUUUGAAGAAAGUUCUAAUGACUCAAGUGACAAUGAAGAUUCUCAAAUUUCAUUAGUACAAUCUGGGAAGCUGUCAGUUCGAAGAGCAGCCAUAGUUAGCACAAUUUUAAACAAGUCCGGUGUUAAAAUUACAACUCCUUCUCAGUCAGGUGUCUAUAGAGCGGUAUACAGAGAAGCAAAUAAAGUAAUGAAAACAUUAAUGAAUACUUUGUGUAAUAGCUCAUGGUGUUUACAUUUUGAUGGUAAAAUUAUUAAGAAAAAAGAACACCAAGUAGUUCUAUUAAGAAAUGAAGUAAAAGAAGUGAGGCUUGCUGUCUUAGUGUUACCAGAUGGAAAAGCUACUACUAUUGCAUCUGCUAUUCAAAAAACGUUGGAUGAUUAUAAUCUAUGGGCAGCUAUAAAAAUGAUAGUGUCAGACACUACAAAUGUUAAUACUGGGUCAAAGUCUGGUGUUGUGGUGAGACUUCAGAAACUUUUUGUUCAACACGGUGAAUCUGCGCCAGUUUUUAUAGGUUGUCAGCACCACAUACUUGAUCGUGUUCUUAGACACUUAAUUUUAAAGCACUCCCUGGCAUCAGCAAUGCCCGAUGGAAUUCUCGAGCAAUUUUUGCAUUGUUGGCUUUCAUACUAUUGCCUGAUGAACGAAAGAACCUUCAGAAAUUGUGUGAAUUUAUCUGUGGACAAUGGAGUGAUGCUUGGUUUAGUGAUCAUUAUUACAGAACUGAACAAUAUGAAUUUCUUUUAUAUGCUGUUAAUGAAUAUCCUAAGGCGUUGCGCUGUUUUCAAACUCAUUGGUCUCAAAGUCCAUCUUCCAUACACACUCAACGCAGCAAUGUGUGUGCAGAAAGAACAAUAA